AUGAGUGCUACGGCCGCGUCAAAUCCCGUCCACGACACGUCUUGCGACUACUACGAUCCUAAUGAGGUUGUCCCCAGGAACAGCCCGUUUCUGGAGCCGUUACGUCCAACCCUGCGGCCGUCGCCCAGCCCGCCCUUACUUCCUUUUCCCAAAGUCAGUCCUCCUCCCAGUCCCGGCGCAAAAAAGUCUAAUCGUCGCAAGGUGAAGCCAAGUCUGGGCGAUGCCGUCUUGGUCGGACUGCUUGACGGAGGCAGAAAUCCACUCAUUGCACAACACUCUGCCGAGUUCACCCUGGCCUCCGCCUCUGACGAGGAGCUCGAAGACCAGAGCGUGUUGAGCGAAUCUGACUGCUCGUCCGACAGCACCUUCCCCCCGAACAGCCGCAUUGUCGGCCGCGGACCGGGUGGGGACCGGUCCAACAAGGCGCGCGGGCGCGAGUCCAGGGAACCCACCAUGCCCCUGGACCCACCUGACCAACCCGACAUAGGCGCCUUCGACCUGAAGUCCCUGGCUGCUGGUGCUCUGGCUGGGGACCGGUCUAACAAGGCGCGCGCGCGGGAGUCUAGGGAACCCACUAUGACCCUAGGCCUACCUGACCAGCCCGACAUGGGCGCCUUCGACCUGAAGUCCCUGGCUGCCGGUGCCCUGGCCGUCACCGCCCCAGACCCGGCCCCCGGCCUAGACCCCGCACCACCGCCCGAGGCCGUGAAUGCCGGGCCGACCCCGCCUGUUACGGAGGAUGACGUGAUGAAGGAGGCCCCGCCGCCGCCGCCCCCCGCGCCCCUCGAGAUAGCCACGAGGCGUAUAGAGCCGACUCAAGAUGGGCGGCCCGUUCAGCCGGCAGUGCCGUCGCCCUACAGCCCCCGUAGCUUCUACUCGCCUCGAGACUCGGGCUCCACCCCUGUGCCCCUGAAGAUGGACCUUACCCUGUCGGCGUCUGGCCUGUCUCCGAGCAGCCACGGCGAGGGCUUGGCACCCAUCCAGUUAAACUCCCCGAGGUCUGAUACAAACGGCCAGACACCGCUGCCAUCCCUCACGGCUGCGCUGGGGGAUAUAAACCAACUCGAAAGCAGCUACCAUGCCGAGAAGGAGAGGAUGCGGAAUCCGCACCCCGCUUUCCCACAUUCUCCUCCCGGCCUGCCGCGUCUGCCCUCAAUGCACAGCCAUCACGCGUCCCCUCCCAUCUCCCCGGCCGAGACUUUCCGCCGAGACCCUCUGUCGCCGAACCACUCCCUUGCCUCCUCCGUCACAAGCCCCAGGCAUGGUUUCUAUCCCCAGCCAAAUGGCCAUCAGCCGUAUGACUACCCCAGCAGCUCGGCAGAACCCCCGACGUCGGACCCGUCGACAGCAACAAUCUCGGAGAGGAUGAGCAUUGAGGGCCUUACCAGCCAGUCAGGCUCAUACGUGUGCAAUGUUGACGGCUGCACUGCGCCCCCGUUCCAGACACAGUAUCUCUUGAACUCGCACGCAAACGUGCACUCGUCUGCGAGGCCACACUAUUGCCCCGUUCAUGGUUGUACCCGGAGUGAGGGUGGUAAGGGCUUCAAGCGAAAGAACGAGAUGAUUCGGCAUGGCCUGGUGCACGACUCUCCAGGCUAUGUAUGCCCAUUCUGUCCGGACAGGGAACACAAGUAUCCUCGACCUGAUAACCUUCAAAGGCAUGUAAGGGUCCAUCACGUGGAUAAAGACAAGGACGACCCUCAAUUACGAGAUGUCCUUGCCCAACGGCCGGAUGGCCCAAGCCGGGGCCGGAGACGGAGAGGUGGGCCCGGCUAA